UAAGGGCUAGGGGAGGAGACAUAUCCCUAAGAAAUCGGACACUACUUGGUUACGGUUACGUCAUCAAGCAUUGUCGCUAGCUGGCUGUUACGUCACCAGAGGCGACAAGUUGAUCACAAACAUCCAAGAUGCCGUCUGCAAGUGUGCGCAUGUCGAUUGCAUUGGUUAUAGUGAUUCUUUUGCGAUUGUCUGCAACAAAUAGAAGAAAUCAUGCGAGGAGAAGAAGACGUCUACAACGCCUACGAAUGCUGGUGGAUCAGUUUAUGACUGGUGAGCCAACAACAUACUGUGCCAUACACCACAACAUGCCUAUACUGCGCCUGUGGUUCGAUGUGGAGACUGAGCUGAGGCAGGAUUUCCGCCUCACCAGAAGAGCGAUGCACAGCUUACAGAGGCUUUUGCACAGGGAGCAGGACCAUGGCUGGGGUAAUGAGCUUGAGGUACUCAUAUACACCUAUUGGCUGGCACAUGGACUCUCUUAUCGGGUGGUGGCCCGUGUCUUUAAUGUGCCGAAGGCCACAGUUCAUGACAUCAUCCACAGAGUGGCCCAGAACAUAUGGGACAAUCUGAGGAGAGCAAUCGACUUCCCUCAAACAGUGGACCUGCCUGCAGUGGGUCAGGGAUUUGUCAACAUUUCUGGAACCCCUGCAUUCCACAAUGUGGUUGGAGCAAUCAAUGGCAGCCACAUACGUAUAAAACCACCACAGCAUCACAGAUUGGACUAUUUGAAUUAUAAAGGCUUUUACUCAAUCAACAUGCAGGCAAUAUGUGACUCGAAUGACAGGUUUCUGGACAUUUUUGUGGGGUAUCCGGGGUCUGUCCAUGACACACGGAUACUGAAAAACAGCAGUUUUUACACCACAAGACGGUAUCCCCCAACAGGCUACAUCCUCCUGGGUGAUGGUGGGUAUCCCUGUUUGGAAACUCCGAUUUGCCUCAUCACCCCAUUCAAGGAGCCAGUGCAUGGAGAAGUACAACUGCGAUUCAACUACUACCAGUCAAGGGGGCGCAGCAUAAUUGAAAGGGCGUUCGCCAUGAUGAAGACCAGAUGGAGGUCAACGCUUUUCAGAGCUUUGGAGGUGAAGCCCACAUUUGCACCCCAAGUAAUUGCUUCAUGUGCCUUUUUGCACAAUGUGUGUAUGGACAAUGGUGACACACUGGUUCCGGAUGAAGACAUUCUUAUGGAUGACGCCCAACCUCCCCGUGGACACAUGGCAUACAAUGAAACCUCUGGGAAUGAUGCAUUAGUUUCAGGCAAUGUGCAAGCACCAUGA